AUGCGGGGAUAUAAAAGGAGACAGAGCAUCAGAUCUGAAAGACUUGUCAUCAUCUUAAUAAACCCGGCGGGAAACGUAAAAAGGCUUUAGCUUCUCCCUCCAAAGGAUCUGUUUUUCAUUUUUUUUUUGUAUCCCCUUUCUCUCCGAUUCACCAUUCUAAACCCUAAUUUCUCUCAUCCACGAAAUACCCUAGCAAUUUUUUUGGGGGUUUAGUGAAGGAAGGAGAGAGAGUGUGAGCAAAGGUGUCUCCUUUACGAAGCCCUUUGCUUUCUCCUUCCGAAUAAUCUCCAUGGCUUGUGUUUCGAAUGAUACCCAGAUCGAAAUUGAUGUUCACGACCUCGUGGAUGCUCCAAUUCGCUACGAUUCUAUUGAGAGUAUGUACUCUGUUUCCUCGUCGGCAUUGUGCUGUGUUAAUGCCGUUGGUUCACACAGUCUGAUGUCUAAGAAGGUUAAGGCCCAGAAGCUUCCGAUGAUUGAGCAAUUUGAGGUUGAAGGUAGUGAUGUGAGUGCUAGUCCCGAUUGUUGUCGUUCGGAUGAUUACAAGUUGCGGAUUCAGCGUCCUGAGAUUGUUCGCGUCUACUAUCGUCGCCGUAAGAGGCAGCAGCGGGAGGUUUUGUUAGAUCAGGCGGUGGCUGUGAAGACUGAAAGCGUGGAGCUUGAUGAAAUUGAUUGUUUUGAGGAGAAUAAGAAAAGGAAGAUUGGUAAUUGCGUGUUGGUGAAAUCGGGUAUGGAUUCUAUUGGUUUAAGAAGGUGUAAGGAUAACAAUGCGUUCAGUGGAAAUAAGCAAAAUGGGUCGUCCCGAAGGAAGGGGUCUUCUAGCAAGAAUCAGGACAAGGUGUCUUUGGCUUCUCGUUCAGCUAAGAAAUGGGUCAGGUUGAGUUAUGAUGGUGCAGAUCCUACAAGUUUCAUAGGGCUGCAAUGCAAGGUUUUUUGGCCACUGGACGCUCUUUGGUAUGAAGGUUCUAUCGUUGGAUAUAGUGCCGAGAGAAAGCGUCAUACUGCUAAAUAUCGGGAUGGAUAUGAUGAGGAUAUAAUUCUUGAUCGUGAAAUGAUCAAAUUUUUGGUGUCUCGUGAAGAGAUGGAGCUGUUACAUCUGAAGUUGUGUACUAGUGAUGUAACUGUUGGUGGCCGUGAUUACGAUGAGAUGGUUGUAUUGGCAGCUACUCUGGAGGGAUGUCAAGAUUUUGAGACUGGUGACAUUGUAUGGGCAAAACUAGCUGGUCAUGCCAUGUGGCCAGCAGUUAUUGUAGAUGAAUCUGUUAUCGGAGAGCGGAAAGGUCUAAACAACAAGGUAUCUGGAGGAGGAUCACUCUUGGUCCAGUUUUUUGGCACUCAUGAUUUUGCUAGGAUAAAAGAAAAGCAAGCAAUCUCAUUUAUUAAAGGGCUUCUCUCGCCAUCUCACUUGAAGUGCAAACAACCGCGGUUUGAAGAGGGCAUGCAGGAAGCAAAAAUGUAUCUGAAGGAACAUAGGCUUCCAGAAAGGAUGAGUCAACUUCAAAAAGGAGCUGAUGUUGAUUCUGAAAUCGCUAAUAGUACAGAAGAGGGAAACUUGGGUGGUGAUCUUUUUAAUGAUGGAGAAGUGUGGUUGAGACCAACAGAACAUGUAGACUUCCUUCAUACAAUAGGGGAUCUGCAAAUAAUAAAUCUUGGAAAGGUUGUGACAGACUCUCAGUUUUUCAAGGAUGAGAAUCAUAUUUGGCCUGAAGGGUAUACGGCUAUGAGAAAGUUCACAUCACUAAAAGAUCAUAGUGUGUCUGCUUUGUACAAGAUGGAAGUGCUCAGAGAUGCCGAGUCAAAGACUCGCCCUCUGUUUAGAGUGACUGCAGAUAGUGGAGAGCAGUUCAAAGGGUUUACUCCAUCGGCCUGCUGGAAUAAGAUAUAUAACAGGAUAAGAAAGGUCCAGAAUUCUACUGAUGAUCCUAAUGUUUUGGGGGAGGAACUAAAUGGAUCUGGUACAGAUAUGUUUGGUCUUUCCAACCCGGAAGUCAUUAAACUUGUACAGGAUUUAUCAAAAUCCAGACCAUCGUCCGAUGUUUCCAUGUGCAAAUAUAGUUUGGGAAGGCAUCAAAGUCAGGCUACUGGUUAUCGACCUGUCCGUGUUGACUGGAAAGAUCUCGAUAAGUGCAAUGUCUGUUACAUGGAUGAGGAGUAUGAGAACAAUUUGUUCCUGCAGUGUGAUAAAUGUAGAAUGAUGGUCCAUGCUAAAUGCUAUGGAGAGCUAGAACCCUGUGAUGGUGCUUUGUGGUUAUGCAACUUAUGUCGUCCUGGCGCUCCUGAUAUACCUCCACGGUGUUGUCUUUGUCCUUUAGUAGGUGGUGCUAUGAAGCAGACAACUGAUGGGCGCUGGGCUCAUCUUGCUUGUGCUAUAUGGAUCCCAGAAACAUGUUUAUCUGAUGUCAAGAAAAUGGAACCGAUUGAUGGGGUGAAUAAAGUCAGUAAGGAUCGCUGGAAAUUAAUGUGCACCAUCUGCGGGGUAUCUUAUGGAGCUUGUAUCCAAUGUUCGAACAAUUCUUGUCGUGUGGCAUAUCAUCCUCUCUGCGCGCGAGCUGCUGGUCUCUGUGUUGAGCUUGAGAAUGAGGAUAGACUUUUUCUUCAGUCAGUGGAGGAUGAAGAAGCAGAUCAGUGUAUCCGCAUGCUUUCAUUCUGCAAGAGGCAUCGACAAACAUCGACUGCCUGCCUAGGAUCAGAAAACAGGAUCAAAUCCGUUACUCAGAAAACUUCCGAGUAUCUCCCACCACCUAAUCCAUCUGGCUCUGCUCGGACUGAGCCUUAUAAUUGCUUUGGCAGAAGAGGGCGGAAGGAACCUGAAGCUCUUGCUGCUGCUUCUUCAAAACGGUUAUUUGUUGAGAAUCAGCCAUAUGUUAUUGGUGGUUAUUCUAAAAUUGAGUUUUCAACUUAUGAAUGCAUUCACGGAUCCAAGGUGUCACAGAUGAAUACUCCAAGCAACAUUCUUUCUAUGGCUGAGAAAUAUAGAUACAUGAAGGAAACAUACAGGAAGAGACUGGCAUUUGGGAAAUCAGGAAUUCAUGGUUUUGGCAUAUUCGCAAAACUUCCGCACAAGGCCGGAGAUAUGAUGAUUGAAUACACCGGAGAACUUGUUAGACCGUCUAUAGCUGACAAAAGAGAACGUCUUAUCUACAAUUCAAUGGUGGGUGCAGGGACUUACAUGUUUAGAAUUGAUGAUAAACGAGUCAUAGAUGCUACAAGGGCAGGAAGCAUUGCCCACCUUAUUAAUCAUUCCUGUGUGCCCAAUUGCUAUUCAAGAGUCAUCACUGUUAAUGGAGAGGAGCACAUUAUCAUUUUCGCAAAGAGGGAUAUCCCUAUAUGGGAAGAGCUGACCUAUGACUAUAGGUUCUUUUCAAUCGGUGAGCGCCUUUCAUGUUCAUGUGGGUUCCAAGGGUGUCGAGGUGUUGUGAAUGAUACAGAAGCAGAAGCACAACAGUCGAAAAUAUGUGUUCCUCGUUGUGAACUAAUAGACUGGACCGAAUAAUAGGCUGACUAAAACUAUAGAGGUAGUAACAAUCAUCCCUUUAUAAUGUUGUAGCUCUUUACACUGAGAGCAUAUGUUAUUGUUUAGCUUUGCAACACUCGAUUUUUUUUGUACAGAGAGACUAAUUAGUGAGUAGUUGAACUACACUGAUCAUAGUGACUCUUUUUGUAAAGCCAUUAUAAUUCCAGGCUUGUACUU